AUGCCAUCUGCCAUCGCCGCUUGUAAAUUCGUGGGCACCACGAGUCUGGGUCUCUUCACGCCCGCCCAUCAUGUCCUGCUAUCGCUGAAGCAAAGCGCCUCGCUGCACUUGCGCUCACUUGCCGUCGUCUCGCUGCUCUCCUUCAACCUUGCCUACGCUCUCUCGCCAGCACGUGCUAGACAUCCCUACCUGCUCUGGACUUCUCUUGUCGCCGGUCUCGCCGCCGCCUCGGAUCUCAUCCCUGGUCAGACUCUGCCCGCUCAGAGUCAAGACGACGUCAAUGGCGAGACGGUCGAAAAGGCUGUCAGAUCUUCCCAAACCCUCGAGCAGGCAAGGGCUACCAUCGGCUUUGCUGGCUUCGCAAUGGCCGUCAUUGGCAUAUGGGGCGACGGUGCCUGA